AGCCUGCUGCAAAGGGGAAAUGAGGGCCUCUGCGGCACUCAAAGGUGUUUGCUAUUGUCAGAUGCCCGCCACAAGCACCUCUCAGCUGCUCUUGGGUGGGGUCAUCAUCCUGAAAAAGUUUGUGGUUUAGUGUGUUGUAACUUCCCCUUUUGUUUCUCUUAUAGGUACAAACAGACUCGGGCAGCACUGUCAGUGCCACCUCUGGGGGAGCCUUGUGCUAACAUCUGGAGAGCCACUCUGACUUUCGAGCCCUCGUGCAUGGGGCAGCAGAGAAGCAGGGAAGCUCUUAGCCGAAUGACAGGCUCCCGGUUGUGGUCUUUGAUCCAGCAGGAAGCACCCGACUUGGGUCCGGUUGUGGUCCAUCCCUCUGUCUGCAGGUGCCAGUAGGAGCAUCUCUUUCUCUGCUCCAUUGCAGGCCACUGUCAACGUUAACCCUGGUCACUGCUUCCCCUCCAAAUUUGCCCAGUCUAUUGCUAAGCCACUUGUCCACUCCCUCUCUGCCCUCAUGGAGAUCCCUGAAGCCCACCUUUUCCUGGCGUCCAGCAUGGACUCGUGCCUGCAGCUGGUCGCCCAGAAGAACAUCAACAUCAUCCUGCAGCACUACAACUACACUGGGAGGCUGAGCCACCGGCGGUCCCAGGGGGACGGGAUGAGCCUCGUCAGCAUCCUCGUCAUCGUCGUCAGCUCCCUCAUCGUGGCGGAGAACCUGCUGGUGCUGCUGGCCAUGUGGAGCAUGCGCACCCGCCGCUGGGUCUACUCCUGCAUCGCCAGCAUCACGGUGAGCGACCUGCUGGCCGGAGUGGCCUACGUCUUCAACCUCUGCCUGUCGGGCAGGAAGACCUUCCAGCUCUCGCCCCAGCUGUGGUUCCUUCGGGAGGGCAUCCUCUUCAUCGCCCUGGCUGCCUCCAUCUUCAGCCUGUUGGUGACGGCCAUCGAGCGCUACAGCACCAUGGUGCGGCCCAUUGCCGAGAACGAGAGCACCAAGGCCAUGCGCUUGCGAGGCUUCAUCAUCUCCUUCUGGGUCUUGGCCAUCCUCAUCGGGCUCUUGCCUCUGUUGGGCUGGAACUGCCUGUGCAACUUCGACAGCUGCUCCACCCUGCUGCCCCUCUACUCCAAGAAAUACGUCAUCAUCUGCGUCUUCGUGUUCAGCAUCAUCCUGAUAGGCAUCGUGGGCCUCUACGUUGCCAUCUACCGCCUGGUGCGGGCGGCCUCGAACACCCGCCACAGCAACCUGCGCUCCCUGCGGCUCCUCAAGACCGUCUUGAUCAUCCUGGGUGCCUUCAUCUUCUGCUGGAGCCCGCUCUUCGCCUUGCUGCUCAUCGAUGCCUUCUGCAAGCCCCAGGCAUGCAAGCACCCCUACCCGCUGGACUUCGCCCUGGCCAUGGCCGUGCUCAACUCGGCCAUCAACCCCAUCAUCUACUCCUUUCGCAGCGCGGACGUGCGCCGGGCCAUCAUGGGCCUGCUGUGCUGCUGCUGCAUCCGCCUGGGGCUCCGCGGGCCCGGGGACUGCUUCGUCGUCCCCAACAUCCACUCGGGCUCCUCCACCGAGAGCUCCCUGCGUUACCGUGACAGCUUCCGCAGCCCCGUCAUAUCGAGCCCUCGCCCGCGGGCGCCUCUCUCCAGCAACUCCAGCAUGCUAAGCAACCCCUCCAGCAUCUGAGGGGGCUUCACUGGAGGGCCAGCCUACCAGGACGUGACUCGCUUCCGGCUCUGGACUUGCCAUGCUUGACCCGGGGGUGGAAAAGAGACAGGCGGGGAUUGAGGCAGUGGGGUUUCGUCUGUAGGGAUGACAUCCCACGGCUCAGGCUGGGCUCUGCCCCAGGAAGACAUGGGAAGCGAGCACGUGAUUGACCCAGCUGACAUGCUUGAGACAACCUGGCAAAGGCAGGGCCUGCCCACAACUGGAGGACGGGCAUUGCCCCGGGGUGCGUGACGUGCCUGCAUUUAUGGAACUGGCAGGGCUCCAGGGUGAUUGCUGUGCUUGGGGUUGGGGACAAGCUGCUACGCAGUUGGAUAUAUGCAGUGCCCCUGGCUAUGAGGUGGCAUAACAGGCUGGCCUGUCCCUUUAAGAGAGGGCAGCCAGCCCUGCUGAGCAAAAUGCAGGCUGUGCAAAGGCCGGAGGCACACAAGGGACCCCUGCCAGUGUCCGAGACAGGACAACAAGGUUGCGUGUGUGUGCUUGCUUUAUUUCAGGACUCUUGUUUUAUAGAUGAGGACUGGCUGAGGAGCUCGGGGAGCUAGGACCUGCCUGGAAAAGCCCACAUGCAAGGCAACCCGCUUACGCACGGGCAUGGCACCACGGUGCAGCCUGUGUCCAUGGUUGGAGAGGUGGCGGUGGGGGUGGGGGGGAAUAGCACGUUUUCUCCCUUGAAACAUCUGCUUUUUUAUUUCCCCCCAAAACCAGCUGCUGGAAAUUGUGGUGCGCCUCAUAAGUGAGGAAAUAUAGUAACAGCGGUUUGGGCUGCCUGAGCUUCUGCAGGGGGAAAGCGAAAGCCACUCGGCACCCGAUCCACAGGGCGCAGAACAAGGAGCAGGCUCUGCUCCCUGCCUGUUGUAAGGGAAGAUCUUUUUUAAAUCCCUUCUGCCUCUCA